UAUCUCUUUUGGUUGAUUCUUGCGUCUUCGUCUACCUGCGCAUGUCAGGGACUGGAGGAAUGGUAAAUGCUCUCUGAAUGAUCGUACUACUACGACUCGGAGUCGAACAGUUCCACCGCAAACGCGUUACAGUGUCCUCGUGUGGUAGAAACUGUUCACAAAUGCGGAAACAUCAAUGGCAGUGUAUACACUUCUCCACGGCCUUGUGUUUACAAUAGGGGUAUCCCUACUUUACAACAAAGCUGAUUGUUUUGAUGCGCGCGUGUUUGAAAAUGCAAGCCUCUCGUUAACGUUGUCGGACCCACAGGACGUCAUUGUGGCUAAAGGACAGUCGGCAAGCUUUUCUUGUUCCCCAAAAAGCAACCUUGUACCUUCAAUCCGCUGGCUUUAUAACGGAAACGCAAUCGGGAAUGAUUCUCGAUUACAAGUGCACGAUAACGGCACCCUUACCAUUUCGAAGGUGUCUGGAAAAAAAGUGGGAACUUACCAGUGUUAUCUCAAAAACGAUUAUGGGGCCCUACUUUCCAGUCCUGCAACAUUACGUUUAGCCAUUCUUGGAAAAGAAUUUUCCGAACAAAUGGAAGACAUAACUGUUGAAGAAGGGCAACCUAUAGUAUUGCCAUGUAGAAUUCAUUCCUUUCCUAAAGCUGAUGUGGACUGGUUCCGCAAUAAUCAACCUCUACCUCAAACAACAAGAUAUGUUCCUCUCCCAUCGGGAUCUCUAUUAAUUACAAAUACGCAUUCCUCAGAUAUAAAUAUUUAUAGUUGUAACGUUACCAACCCAAUUCUUAAAAACAAACCGAAGGAAAGUAAAAAAGGGGUUCUAAAAGUAAUACAUCCUCUUAAAAAACAGACUCCCCUCAAAAUACUCGAUUUAGGGUUAGAUCGAAAUAUAACUGUUCUCGUUGGUGAAGAUGUCCGAUUAUUUUGUGCUGUUUCCGGCUGGCCAGUACCGACAAUUAAAUGGUUUAAAGGGAAAAGAUUUUUACCGUCAGCGAAUGAUUCUACAAUUGUUUUACUGAAGAAUAUAACGGCUCAAGAAGCAGGUGUUUACACUUGCACAGCACAGAACGGAAUCGACAAUGUUGAUCAGAUUUAUAAUGUUGUUGUUCAUCAACGACCUUAUUUUAACCACACUAUGCAAUCCAGAACGUAUUCAGCUCCGGUUACUAUAAGAACUCCUUGUCACGCUUUUGGUAUACCAAAACCAAAGAUUUAUUGGUUAGUGAAUGGGACGGAGUUUAAUUUUAACAUUGAACGAAAAUCAUUUAAUAAUUCUCAACUUUCUAUAUCAAAAUCGAUAUCAACGGACGCAGGGAUUUAUCAAUGUGUUGCUGAAAAUUCAGCGGGAAGAUCUUGGCUAGCAGUACAAUAUUAUUCAAAAAAUCCACCGUUACCGGCACCAAUAAAUAUGCGUUGUCAACCGUAUAACGACACAAGUAUUUGUAUACGAUGGGAUGUACCCCCAAAUAUUGAACCAAACGCUUUUACUGUUGACUCAUAUAAUGGAGGUAAAAUGGGACCGGAUUAUUUAUCAAACGUCACUUAUUAUUUAGCUGGACGUUUAUCACCCAAAACUGAAUACUCGUUUAUAUCUCGGUUGUAUAAGAUUACUGCAAGUGAUAAUUCUAACUCAGUCACUUGUUCAACAGGUACAAUUGGUGAACGUAACCUAAAAAUUUCUCGAAACGAUUAUAACUCGGUUAAUCUUACUUGGUCGUCAAUAAGUAGUGAUUUUCCAUGCGAUUUAAAUUCAGUUCGUUAUAGAAUACAAUGGAGAUAUUUAGGAGCUAAUUACUCAUCUGUAAAAUAUGUUAAUUUUAAAAAUUCAACGAUUAUUAAAGAACUUGAUACGGGUAAAACAUACGAGUUUAGAAUAGCUUCGAUUACAACAAAAUCAGCCUUUUGCAAUUGGGUUAAUUUCGCACUUCCGCAAAAUCCAAACAAUAAUGAGAAAACGAAGGAGAUAAUAAAAGAAGGUGAACGUUAUAAACAAAAAGAAAACGAUCCGACGAUAAUUGAUUUACACGUAAAUCAACAACGUGCCAACAGCGUACAAUUAAAUUGGACUUGUACAAAUAAAAACAUCGUUUUCUUCCAUAUAUGUUACUUCGAGGCGUAUUCGAAUAAAGAUUGCGAUCAAAACGAUGGAAUUAAACACGAUAAAACGGUGUAUGAUUCCGUAACGAUUAAAAAUUUAAAAUCGAGUACCGUUUAUGAGUUUUAUGUAAGAGGAAUUCACGAAAAUGGUACAUUCACCGAUGGUAAAAUCGUGGAAUCUUCGACUUUAACGGAAGGACCUGUGAUUGUUAACGAUUUAAAGUAUCGUGUUGUUAAUUCGACGACGAUUUGCGUUCGAUGGCGAGCUCCCUAUCAUAAAAAUGGGAAAUACAUGAAGUAUACAGUCAGAUAUUCUUCGCAAAAUGGAGUUGAAAAUUCGGUUAAUGUUACAGCAUUAGCUAAGAAUAAUACGCCUUGUUGGAUUGAUCCUAGCGGAACUGAUCACAUUUCGGUUUUACUGUCCCAAUUGGACCCUGAUGACACUUAUAAAUUAUUUAUAGAACCCGAACAAAAUUCGAAUGUGACGGCACCACAUCCAAUCUUAUUUACCAUCAACGAACAACGCACGGGGAAAAUAAACAGUCCUAAAACUGGCGUUGGAUACGACCAAAAAUUAGGUAUUGCAGUUGGAAUGUCGAUUUCUUUAUGUGCAUUCGUUGCGUGCGCAAUAUGUUUGGUGAGGAUGGUGUUAAAAAGGCGAAAAACGCAAUCGACAAAUCGUAAUCGGACAAGAUUUUACGUUUGCGAGAUGAGAUCAACUCAAACUAAUCAUCAUCAAUUGGGAGUGAGCAGCGAAAUUCAAGAGAUGCAAAAUUUAUUGAUUACAGGAAACGGAACCGGACAUAUUCCUGCAAUCCCAUCAACGGAACUUGAUUCAAAAGGCAAUUCUGACUUUCCAAAUAAACACUUGAACGGAAACGCAAAUUUUGGGAAUAAAAAUCCCGCUUUGGUGAAUGUGACAACAAACGGACACAUUCACAUUUUGGAAAAUCCCCAGUUUGAAGAUUCCAAUUCGAAUCUUUCCGAUUCGAAUUUACACACGAAAAUUUUAUCGCAUUUCGGCGUUAAUCGUAAUUCAAAAACGAUCAGUAUGGAGUCGUUAAAUACAACUCAAUUGACUUAUUUAGACGAUUCAGAAAUAAUGCAGACCUCUUUAAGGAAAGUUUCCUCACCUUUAGGUCCUAAUGGUUGAUGUUAAAAGAAAUCCUUAAAAAAAUAAUAAUAAUAACAAUUUUUUGUUAUCAAAAUUGUGAGUUGAGCAGCUACGCUUUUAUUGUUUUAACGAAACGAUUUAAUCGCUUUUGAGUUUACCUCACGUUUUAAGUUUAAUCGUUUUUUAAAUGUUUAAUUUGUUAAAAAUUUUUUAUUAUUAACAUACUGCUUCCAAAACGAGAAAUAUAUUAAAUCGGAAAAACGUUGCUCAAUAGAAUCAAGAAAAAAAUUAAUUAAUUUUUAAUAAGUACAAUAAAAAACAUCGAUGUAAUGGAUUAAUACAGGGAAGGGAGUCUAGGUUAUAUGAAAAAAUUUAAUUAAACCCAAAAGUUUACAGUUCUAGAAGACGCACGGCUAAACCCGAAACUUUCU